UUUAACCUUGGUUCAGGUUUGUUUCUCUCCCAAGUGUGAAUGGAAAAUAUAAGGAAGACAGCAGAGGAGUGCCAGGACCUUCUGAACUACAGCUUCACAGAGACUGGAGAGUCCCAGACAGACAUCAUGGCAUAUCCAGAGAUCUAGGACUAUUACAUUCUCUAUACUUUUGAAGUUUCAAUGGCAUUUGGAAAUUCAGGGAUCAGGUGGGAUUUACAGUAGGCUAUUCAGAAUAAUCUCUGGACGACAGGGGAUCGGGAGAUGAAGGUAUGCAAGAAGACCGCAGAUCAAGGAAGUGCCGCGCACAGAGUGGUACAGACCGAGCAGCACGCAAGGCAAAACGUGUCGGUAGAUAAGACGUGGAAACAAAUGCAGGAGGACCCGGUGUAUGAUUUCCCUGAGCCGGUAGGGAAGCCGAUAGGAGAGAGGCGGGCUUGUCUUCAGCGUAGCUCCCUGAAGAGCAUCAGUGUGCUGGACCGUCUGCUUCUCACACWCCCCGUCUGGCUGCAGCUGUCCAUCAACUCUGCUACCGCUCUGCACAUCCUACAGAGGGAGCCGCCUGGGACCUUUCUAGUGCGCAAGUCCAACACCUCYCAGAAGAAAGUGCUGUGUGUCAGGCUUGCAGAUGACUGCCUCCCCUCCUUUUUCAAACAAUUUGUCAUCCAGGAAUUGGACUCCACUUUCUCCUUGGAGAGAGCUGCUAUCAGUUUCCCUGACCUCUGCCGGCUCAUCGCCUUCUACUGUGUUAGCCGGGAUGUGUMGCCCUUCCCCCUGGAGCUCCCUGAGGCCAUAGUCAAGGCUUCAUCCCACAAACAGCUGGAGUCCAUCUCCCACAUGGGAGUGGAGUUCUGGAGCUCCCAGCUGAACUUCAGAGGUCCACGCAAUGGGCCCCCACGAGUGGAGGAGGCACCGCUGCCCCCUAGCCCCACCCCUGAGGAUUGUGCCACACCCGAGGAGAGCCCCACCCUGUUUCAAGAGUUCUGCUCCAUCCAAACACGCAGCCCCCGGGAGCUGAACUGUGGGGCAGCAGGCCAAGGGGCUCUCUGUUUCAUCAACCCACUCUUCCUGCAGUUCCAGACUGCACUGCACAGACGCCGCCACCAGUUUAAACGCAGCCUCAAGGUGCGUGUCUCCACUGAGAACUCUAGCCCCUUGUCCCCACCAUUUGCUCCUCCCCCUCCCCCACCUCUGCUGGCCAAGAAAAAGAGCAAGAAGGUCCAUCAGGCCAGUAGAGKWGUGGAGGCCAGAGUGGAGGGUGYGGGAGGGACAGCACCCGUCCAGGAGGACUCAGACUACUUGCAGCCAUGCUUGGUUCUUCCAGUUCUUCCYAAAAAGACCAGGGUCACACCCACACUGUCUCCCACUGCAGAGGAGGAUGACUACCAUGUUCCUAUAGGUCUCUUGCAGGGACUGGGCCAGGAGAAAGGAGGUGAGGGGGAGGAGGUGAGUGAGGAGGUGGAUCUCUUGCUGGAGCAGAGAUAUGCUCCCUCCRUGAGUGAGCUGGACAGCAGCAGUUCCCUCAGCAGCUUGGAGGAGGCAGAGGAGAACUCAGAGCGACCUCCCCUCACCAGGGGAACAAGUAACCCCUCACCCCCAUGCACCUCUCCCGCUCGUCAGCCCGUCUCAGCCAUGCGCAAGCUUAGUGCAGCCUUUGUGUCCUUCUUUGUGCCUGAGAAGUGCGUGACGAGGCUGGUGGAGGACCUGUCCCGUGACAAGAGGACUGCGUUUGGUCUCCUGGUGCAGGACUUCCUCAGGCAGCAGCGCGAGGUGAUCAAGCCUCAGUGCCAGAGAUCUGGCAUAGAGCUACUGCAGGGCAUCCGUCUCUUCCUCUCCCAGGCCAAGACCUUCCUGCUGGACUGUGGAGACCUACAGCCCCCCAUUGAGACCAUGGUGCAUGAUGAUGAGAAAGACCUGGUGCUGGAGAAAGCCAUGUUCCGCUGUGUGCUGAAACCUUUGAAAGGACAGAUAGAUGGGACACUGCAAACUUUGCAUGAGCGAGACCGCUCCACCCAAAGCAUGGCAGAGAGCCUGGCUAAGGCUAGGGGAAAGACCCCGUUGGAGUGUUUUGGAGUGCGGGUGGGAGUGCCGGAUGCUGCCAAUGUGGAGAAGGUGCGGCAGAAGUUAGCUCUCAUGAGGCGGGCRUACUCUCCCAUUGACAAGGUUGUGCUGCUCCUGCAGGUCUGCAAGCUCAUCUAUAAAGCCAUGAAGGACAAUUCAGGCCAGGAGUUCGGUGCAGAUGACUUCCUGCCAGCCUUGUCCUAUGUCCUCGUACAGUGUAACAUGCCUGAGCUGUCUGUGGAGGUGGAGUACAUGAUGGAACUGCUGGAGUCAUCAUGGCUCAAAGGGGAGGGUGGGUACUACCUGACCAGUGUGUAUGCCAGCCUGUGCCUGAUCCAGAGCAAGCCUGAAGUAGUACCCUCCAGUGGGCUGACCCGCGAGGCCAGAGACUCUUUGAAAGACUGGAGCCGGCGCCGGAGCCUCCAGGCGCAAAGCCAGAAAAACUUACGACAGCAACUGAGGUGUGUCAGGGUUCUGUUUCUAGAUGGAGAGAACAGCUGGAUGAAAACCCUGCAGUGGAGAGCAGGAGUUAGUGGGGGGGCCCUGACCCAGCUCUGUGCUGCUAAAUUUGGGGUGGACAACCCAGAACUGUACAAACUGUACUGGCGGAGAGAGGGGGAGAUCAAAGCCCUCCCAGCACAGGCCCAGAUCCAGGACCUACAGGGCCAAGGCAGCAGUGGGACACCCCUCAUAUACCAGCAAGCCAACCAGGAUCAACUCAAGACUCGCAAACUAAACAGAGAGGAGGCGGUGGACCUUAUGGGAUUACCUUGAGAGGUCCACUUUGGUAUCCACACAUUAUUGACCGAUUUUCUUAAACCACUCAACUGCAAGAAAGAAUUGCUUUGUACUUUAUUAUUAAACMAUUUAAAUGAACAUUUUCUGAAUGGAGAUUGCAGACCUGCCAACCCUGUCCAACUUUUCAGAUUACCAGACGCGCGCGGCAAAUUGGAGAUUCAUCUCGCAAAUCUAGUGCGAAGGCAUUUUAGAAGCAUUGCCUCUAUAGCUAAUACCGGACUCUCAUUCAUUCUUCAUCGCGCAGUCUUCUAAACUCCCGACUCCAUUUAAUGCCAAUAUGUUUAUAUUUAUUUGUGAUUAUACUUUUGUAAUGCUUUUUGUGACCUGGAUCAUAAUUAGUUAGUCUCAGGUUGCGUGAACCUCGUAAUGUUACGUGGAAAACACAACUAAUGGGACGCAGAAUUAAAUGUAUAUCACACUCGCACAAAUGCGACCAGUUAU